CUCUCCUUUGUCACCACCCGGCACCUGAUCUGGAGGAGCCGCCUCUGCCGUGGCUGAGCAACACGUGGAAACGGCGGGGUGGGACCCGGCAUCCUGCGCGCCUGGCCUGGGCCUCCGCCCGGCCUUUCCCCACCUCACCUCGGCUCACCUGCCGGUCGUGGGGCGACGGAGGAGCUCGUCCUGCAUUUUUGAGGUCACAAUUUAGGUUUACAGCAAAAAUGCUUUCAGAACAGACAGCAUCCCUGGGGACAGGAUGGGAGUCAAUGAAUGUCCAGAUGGAUGGAGCAGAGCCCCAGGUGGAAAGGGGAAUCCAGGAAGAAGGGCCAUGGAGAACAGUACCAGGGCCGCUGGAGCACCUGUGCUGUGACCUUGAAGAGGAGCCACAGUCCCUUCAGGAGAAGGCUCAGUCAGCUCCCUGGGUUCCUGCCAUUCCCCAGGAAGGGAGCACUGGAGAUUGGGAGAUGGCAGCUGCACUUCUUGCGGCAGGAUCACAGGGCCUGGUAACCAUCAAGGAUGUGUCACUGUGCUUCUCUCAGGAGGAGUGGCGGAGCCUGGACCCUUCUCAGACAGACUUUUACGGAGAAUAUGUCAUGCAGGAAAACUGUGGGAUAGUGGUCUCUCUAAGAUUUCCAAUUCCCAAACUGGAUAUGCUUUCUCAACUAGAAGGAGGGGAGGAACAAUGGGUCCCUGACCCCCAGGACUUAGAAGAGAGGGACAUCCUGAGGGUCACAUAUACAGGAGAUGGAAGUGAGCAUGAGGGGGAUACCCCUGAACUAGAAGCAGAACCUCCCAGAAUGUUAUCUAGUGUGUCUGAAGAUACUGUUCUCUGGAACCCAGAGCAGGAUGAGAGCUGGGAUUCCAUCCCCAGGAGCUCCAGAGGAAUGCUCCUGGGCCCACCUUUUCUUCAGGAAGAUAGCUUCUCAAACCUUCUGUGUAGCACAGAAAUGGAUUCCCUGUUAAGACCGCACACGUGCCCCCAAUGUGGGAAACAGUUUGUGUGGGGCUCCCACCUUGCCAGGCACCAGCAAACACACACUGGGGAGAGGCCCUACAGCUGCCUCAAGUGUGAGAAGAGCUUUGGGCGAAGACAUCACCUGAUCCGACACCAGAAAACCCACCUACAUGACAAGCCUAGCAGGUGCUCUGAGUGUGGCAAGAAUUUCCGAUGCAACUCCCAUCUGGCCAGCCACCAGAGAGUGCAUGCAGAAGGCAAAUCCUGCAAGGGCCAAGAGGUUGGAGAGAGCCCAGGGGCUAGGAAACGGCAGCGCACCCCACCAGUGCCAAAGUGCCACGUGUGCACAGAGUGUGGGAAGAGCUUUGGCCGACGGCACCACCUGGUGAGACACUGGCUGACCCAUACCGGGGAGAAGCCCUUCCAGUGCCCUCGCUGUGAGAAGAGUUUCGGCCGUAAACAUCACCUGGACAGGCACCUGCUGACCCACCAGGGACAGAGUCCCCGGAGCAGCUGGGACAGAGGGACAUCUGUCUUUUGAAAUCUGUUUCUGCUGCAGCUGUGGUCACAUCUGUCAGCUGGUGCUACCAGGAGUCUCUGCCAGAGCUGCCCCUCUCCUAUAGCCCAGUGGCCAGAAUCAUGAGCCCUGGCCCCAUCCUUAGAAAGAUGUGGUACCACCAUUGGCCAGAGCAUUUCUCACCAGUUCUGUGAGAUGCCACAUGAAAUAGAGUUCUUUGGGCAAAAACUUUUGGGAAACAGUGCUUCCUCCAUGGGCUGAUAUUCAGCCUUAGCCCUCUCUCCAGGGUAGAGAAGAACCAGCAAUUUGUGGCUAAGGCCCAUUCUGAUUGGUUGGAGCCUAUGCCAUAUCCGUUGUUAAAUAUUUUGAGUAUCAGUUUUGUAUAACUAUUCUCUUCUAUAUAUGUAGAGAAAGACCAUAUGAACAUAUUAAAGGCUCUGAAAACAUAUGGAGUAGAGCAAAUGGUUAAACCUCUUUUAAUGCAGUGUUUCCUAAAUUUACUUGACUCAGUAUCUUUUUCAUCUCACAUCCCACAGAACUGGUGACUCCAUUAAACACACUGGUGAACACUGAGUUGAAGAGUAAUGAGGAAGCAGGAAAGAGAUAGUGAUCAGGCACCCAGAGCCUCCUUUUUUUAUCCAAAUGAAAGCUGAGGAGCAGACCUCAUUCCUGUGUGGGCCCAUCACCUUUAUCCUGAUCAUCUGAAUAUACAUCCACACCUCUCACCUGACCUGCUGAAAAAUAGAAACAAUAACUUUCUCACCCCCUUAUUCUUGCCCUCUUCACCCUGCAUAUACAUAUAGCAGCUGAGAGAUUACACUACGAGUGCUAAGAGAUGGACCUUAUACUCUUAAGUAACCCAGGCCCACACAGAAGAAAAAUGCUUUAUCCCCUUGAACAGACCCUUCUCCUCUUGACCGUGUCUUUAUGUGUCUAUGUGUAUCUGUGUGCAGGGUCUUUGAAGAGAGCAUGCAAAGUGCAAACUGUAUAAGCUAGAUUUUCUAGGGGCUGUGUUCUGGGGAUGCGGGUAGUGGGGAUUGUAUGGGGUUUUCUGUUUUGUUUCAAGAUAGUAAGCUGAGUGAUUAAGGGAGCCCUAGUGGAAAGAGUUCAGUUGUGGGUGUUGACGUAUAAAGCCUUCUCCAGUAUCACUGAGAUCAAGACAGCCAUGGAUAUAUAUGUCUAGGUUUGAAUCUCUGGGCCACAGAUUCUUUUUGCCUGCGUGGAGAGAGAAAGAGACAUCCUCAGUGAGGUGAGCUGUUUCUUGUUGAUUUCAGACAAGGUGCAUAUAGAAGCUUUGUGCUGAGUGGGUUUUUUGUUCUUAUUUUAAGUGCUGGGAAAUUAUGGCAGCAGUCACAGUGCUUGCAGGUUGUCAUCACUCUUGUUUGACCUUGAUUGCCUCAUCAAGGGGGCAUAGUUAUUCUUGAGGACUUCAUUCUCCUAGAAACAGAACUUUAGGGGAAAUGGCUGUGGCUUAGCUUUUUGGCUGAUGCAGGGUAGUGAGCUUUCCAGUUGAUUUUCCUCCAGUUCUGAAAAGGUGUCUACACUAAGACUCUUAACUACAGAACUUGCACAAGUAUUCUAGCACCCACUAGUUAAUGAGUUGGUCAUUGUUUCUCUUUAUUGAUGAUGUGUUAAUACCAAUCUUAUAAUUUAUAAAUUAUCUUGUAUGUAAGAGCAGUUUGUGGGUAGGGAGGGAGAGGCACAGAGGAUGGAAGUGGGAUAUUUUCUCUUUAAUACUUAGAUACUGGUUUUCUCUUAACACACUUAUUUCUCAGCUACAGUUGGUGGAACUAACCAGAGAGGCAAGAGAAAGUGAGCUGCAACAAUCUAGUUUAAUGACUCUUCCAUUUGCUUAGGAAAAACUGGGUUAAUCAUAGUUCCUCAGAGUCCUGGGCUCAAAUGGAGCCGAAAAUAAGGUCAUUUUGAUGACUGGGCUUCUUAGAGUGGAUAUGACUUGAGCAAUCCUGCCCCCACCUCCUUUCUGCUCUAAGCAGCAUUCCUUCUUGCCUGGAAUGCACUUCUCUUGCUUAUGUUCCUAUGAAUAGAGCAAAAUGGCCAGCCCUUUGUAAGGCAUCCUUUGUCCUAGGUCCUAAGAGACAGAAGCAUUUUAGUAGAAGGAUCAGUAACAGGAGAUGCCCUAGGGAAAUUGGACCGCAUUGGUAAAACUGGACUUUAUCAUUUCUUUUACCUUCCCACUAUGCCUCAUUCACUAACACAAAUCAGGUCUAUGGGAGCAAUGACUCAAAACCUUUUUUGGAUCACAGACCCUUUUGAGAAUCUGAUGAAAACCAAAAACUCACUUUUGAGAAAAAAGAUGUUAGUAAUCCUUCUAUUUUGCUUACACAUUUAGCAGGUUCAGAGCCCAUCCAUGGAAUCACUAAACUGAGGUCAAAGAAAGGGAGUUACCCUGACCCAGUAUGGUCAUUAUAUGUUUGUGACAAGAAUUAUAAGGCAAGGAUCACUAAACAUUUUAAGGACUAAGAUACCAGAGUCUGUAGGAUAUAGGAUAUAAAGAGAAAGUCUGGUCUUUAAUGACUUGAAAUGUAUUACUUACAUUCUACUCUAUGUCUAUAUCUAUAUCUAUAUCUGUAUCUAUAUAGAUAUAUGACAUGCUGACAAAUCGGCUCCUCACAAACCUUGUUUUAAAGACCCAUAGGAGGUGACUUUCCAUGCCAUCAGAUCUCACCUCUUAAUAACCAAAUGUUAACCUCCAGUCUUUGAUUUCUUUUAGUAAUUGUAAGGAGAGAAAGUGAAGCCCCCAAAGUCUAGAUACAGUCAUUGUACCCAACUGAAAGGCAUUUUGGAAUCCUAGGGCCUUCUACAGAAGGGGCAUCUUUUAGGUCAUUUCUGGUAAACCAGGGUCUUCUCUACCUCCAUCCAGAACCAGUUCCCUUGGACGAAAAAUAAAAUAAGCAACAGCCAUCA